GGGUUUGGCUGUGCCAAGGCUCUGUACAUCUCAGAUACGGAUAAGCGCAAGCAUUUCCGCCUGGUCCUGAAGCUCUUCUUCAGCAACGGGCAGGAGAUCGGCACCUUCCACAGCAAGCUGAUCAAGGUCAUCUCUAAGCCCUCGCAGAAGAAGCAGUCGCUGAAGAACACGGAUCUGUGCAUCUCCUCAGGCUCCAAAGUGUCCCUCUUCAACCGCCUGCGCUCACAGACCGUCAGCACCCGCUACCUGUCCGUGGAGGGAGGAGCCUUCAUCGCCAGUGCCAGGCAGUGGGCAGCCUUCACCCUGCACCUGGCUGAUGAGCGCUGCACCCAAAGUGAGUUUCCCCUGCGGGAGGGAUACAUCCGCUAUGGCUCUGUGGUCCAGCUCAUCUGCACGGCCACCGGCAUCACCCUGCCACCCCUGAUCAUUCGGAAGGUGAGCAAGCAGUAUGCUAUGCUGGACGUGGAUGAGCCCAUCUCCCAACUCCACAAGUGUGCCUUCCAGUUCCAGGGCAGCGACCGCAUGUACCUGUGUCUGUCCACAGAGAAAGUCAUACAGUUCCAGGCAUCGCCAUGUCCAAAGGAAGCCAACCGAGAGCUGCUGAAUGACGGCUCCUGCUGGACCAUCAUUGGCACUGAGACGGUGGAGUACAGCUUCAGCGAGAGCCUGGCCUGUGCUCGUGAGCCCGUCAGCCCUGUGCCCCUCAUCACAGCCUUGCAGCUCAGUGGCGGAGGGGAUGUGGCCAUGCUGGAGGUGCAAGGAGAGCAUUUCCAUGCUCACCUCAAGGUCUGGUUCGGGGACGUGGAAGCAGAGACGAUGUACAGGAGCCCCAAAUCCCUGAUGUGUGUUGUCCCUGAUGUCUCUGCCUUCGGCAGCGACUGGAGGUGGCUGCGGUACCCCAUCACUGUCCCACUCCUGCUGGUCAGGGACGAUGGCCUCAUCUACUCCAGCUCCUUCACCUUCACCUACACUCCAGAGCAGAGCUUCCUUCCAGGGCAGCAGCUCCCUGCUGAUGUCCCACAGGACUCAGACACACUGCUCAACAGCAUCCACCAGGAGUUCACCAGGACCAACUUCCACCUCUUCAUGCACAGCUAG